CUGCGCUGUCUGGGUCAAGCGAAGGAGAAGGCGAGGGCGAGGGAGGGAGCGGUUGCUCCUUCUCCAAGAUGGCGGACGAGGAGGCGCCACUCCUCCACUCCUCCCGCGGCGCCGCUCCGUCCUCAGCGGAGAGCCCUGAGCCGGCCUCGAAGCGGCAGCGGCGGGACUCUUCUGACAGCGCCGGGCCGGGGCGCGAGGGAGAGGCGCUCCUCCUUCUCCUCCGGGGGGAAGAGGAGGAGGAGGCCCUGAGGGCGGCGGAGGGGGAGGCCUCGGUGGCCAGCGAGGGAAGCGGAGGAGGAGGAGGCGGGGGAUGGAGCUGCCCCGAGAGCGGGCUCAGGCGGCGGGGCCUGCUCCGGGAGGAGACCACGGCGACGGCGACGGCGGCGACGCAGCAGCAGCAGCAGCAGCAGCACCAAGCGCCUCCUCCUCCUCCUCCUGCUGUGUGGCUGAGGGGAGGGGAAGGGGCGGGGGCGGCGCCGGCACCGGAGGACGCCAUUGGCUGCGGGACGGCGCAGUCUUCGAACCAGGGCGCCCAGGUCCCGCAGGACGAUAAUAUAUUUUUUAGUGAUGAAAUCAUUGCAAAUGGUUUCCAUUCCUGUGACAGUGAUGAAGAUGAUAGAGCCUCUCAUGCAAGCUCGAGUGACUGGACCCCAAGACCUCGUAUAGGUCCAUACACUUUUGUCCAACAACAUCUCAUGAUAGGCACAGAUCCACGUGCAAUUCUGAAAGACUUGUUGCCAGAAACAAUACCUCCCCCCGAACUGGAUGACAUGACAUUAUGGCAAAUCGUUAUUAAUAUUCUUUCUGAACCACCUAAAAGAAAAAAGAGGAAAGAUAUUAAUACUCUAGAAGAUGCUGUGAAACUCCUACAUGAGUGCAAAAAAAUAAUCGUCUUAACUGGAGCUGGGGUAUCUGUUUCUUGUGGAAUUCCUGACUUCCGAUCAAGAGAUGGCAUUUAUGCCCGCCUUGCAGUAGAUUUCCCAGAUCUUCCUGAUCCUCAAGCAAUGUUUGACAUUGAAUACUUCAGAAAAGAUCCAAGGCCAUUUUUUAAAUUUGCAAAGGAAAUAUAUCCUGGACAGUUUCAACCGUCUCUCUGUCAUAAAUUUAUAGCUUUGAUGGAUAAAGAAAGAAAAUUACUACGCAAUUAUACUCAGAACAUAGAUACUCUGGAACAAGUUGCAGGAAUUCAAAGGAUAAUUCAGUGUCAUGGUUCCUUUGCAACAGCUUCGUGCCUCAUCUGUAAAUACAAAGUUGAUUGUGAAGUUGUUCGGGGAGAUAUUUUUAAUCAGGUUGUCCCUAGAUGUCCCAGAUGUCCACCUGAUGAACCACUUGCCAUCAUGAAGCCAGAAAUAGUGUUCUUUGGUGAAAAUCUCCCUGAGCAAUUUCACAGGGCCAUGAAAUAUGACAAAGAUGAGGUCGACCUUCUUAUUGUUAUUGGGUCUUCGCUAAAAGUAAGACCAGUAGCAUUAAUUCCAAGUUCCAUUCCACAUGAAGUGCCUCAAAUUCUAAUUAAUAGGGAACCAUUGCCUCACCUACACUUUGAUGUGGAACUUCUUGGUGACUGCGAUGUUAUCAUCAAUGAAUUAUGUCAUAGAUUAGGUGGUGAAUAUGCAAAACUGUGCAGCAGUUCAGUCAAACUUUCAGAAAUUACAGAGAAACCUCCACGAUUACAGAAGGAAUCUGAAAUACAUUCAUCUGAGUUACCACCUACCCCACUAAACAUCUCUGAAUAUUCUAGUUCACCUGAAAGAAUUGCACCACAUGAUUCUCAAAUAGUACAUUCAGAGCACUCUUCUGAAUUUAAAGUAGCAGAUUCUGAAGCUGCCUUGGAAUCUAAAGAGAACUGUGUAGAGGAAAAGUCUCAAGUGCUACAAAACUGUUUAGAAAAUACUGAAAGUCUUCCUGACCAGUUAGAAAACCCAGAGCAUGUGAAGGAACAUGAAUCUAGACAAGGUGAAAACAAAGAAAGAAGUGAAAUAACAUCUGUUGAAACACUGAAAAAGUGCUGGGUUAAUAGAUGUGCAAAAGAACAGAUAAGCAAGCGGCUUGAUGGUACCCAAUACUUGUUUUUACCACCAAAUCGCUAUAUUUUUCAUGGUGCUGAGGUGUAUUCAGACUCCGAAGAUGAUGUCAUGUCCUCCAGCUCUUGUGGAAGUAGCAGCGAUAGCGGGUCCUGUCAUAGUCCAAGUUUAGACGUAGAAGAUGAAAGUGAAAUUGAAGAAUUCUAUAACGGCAUCGAAGACGACGAUGUUCCUGACAGAGAUGAGGAGAAUGGAUUUGGGGAAGAAGGAACUGAUGUUCAAGAAACUGUUGGUGAAUCUGUUUCUGGAAAUGAAGCUGUAGGAUUUGAUUAUUCAACGGACAAACUGUAAUUACUGACUGGUAUCAGGAACUUUUCCACCAGCAUUAGCAAUUUUGGCAUGUCAGAUUGAAUGUGUACUAAAUUUAGAGCAAGGAAACCAUAAGGAUGUAAUGUUUGUAAACACCUAGAGUAGAUUUUCAUGCAUAGUUUUCUAACUUUUCCAAUCAGAUUCUAUAAAGGCACACUCAACAUUAAUCUUUUGUUUUGAAUUUUGAAGAAGGUACUAAGUAUCUUUUUACUGUCACUGCAUUCACUUUUAUUAAGUUAAUCUGUGUGAUCUGUGUGUAUAUAUACAGUAUUUUUGCUUAACAAAUUUCAGCCUAAUUUUAUUUUUGAACUGUUCAAAAAAGCCAUUGGAAUGUUAAUAUAAUAUAAAGGGAACAGCUAAUCUAGACCAAAGAAUGGUAUUCUUCUCGCCUCUCUCGCUUUGUAACGUUUGGGUUUGUUUAAAGCCUGCUUAUGUCUCUCCUAAUUCGGUUAUUGCAUAAUUUGCUGUUAAACACUGGUAUUUCCCAAAGGUUAUGGCAGCUAUUUAAAAAAACUUAUAUUGGGCAUAUUUGCAUGUGAGCAUAUGGCAAGUAAAUUAAGUAUCAUAGUGAGUACCUGAAAAUCCCCAACCAUUUAGAUAAAUAUAAAAUGCUAGUUUUAAAAAAAACCUUCCUGUGGAUAUGUAAUAGUGCCUAUUGGUUUGCAAAAGUGUAGCAAGGAAAUAUUAAAUAAGAAUUUCUCAGACUUGGUUUGAUUUGACUCAAAAUGAAUAUUUAAUGCAGGACGUCAGUAUAUGAAAUAUUUUAUGUACAAUCUUUGUCUACACUGCCAAGAUGUGAAUUUGUAAAUGUACUGAAGGUAUGUAUAUAAUAUUCAGAACAAGGAAGCAGUCUUUACCAAUUACAAAAGUGUUUCUGUAUUUCCAAAUAACUUACACAAAUGUGUAGAGCUAUUCAUGCUUCCAGUAUAAUACAGAAAACUGAGUUCAAACGUAAGUUUGGAAUACAUUGCGUGUGGAUUUACUUCUGCUUGGAUAAUUUAAUACCACUUGUUGGUACAGUGUUGUUGUUUUUUAAAAAAAGCAUCUACUGAAAUUGGUACCAACACUGCUUUAAGACUACCUUUUAAAAACAGGUCUUGCAGGUGUUUCUAACUUGCAGAUGGUUUUCAUCCUUUACAGUUUGUUUCCUACCUAUCCAUUAAGUUUCUUCAUUUAUUCUUUAAACCACUUUUAACUCGCCCAAAAGAGCUCUACCAGCUAGUGAACAUUCAUGUGCAUUACUUUAAUAUUUAUUCCAUUUUAAAAUUUGUAUAAUAGCUGUCCUUUUUAAGCAACUUAAUAAUCUGUUCUGUAACACAGCAUAACGAAGUGUUAAGAAUGGCCUUUUGUGUUCAUCUUAAAAAUGUUGGCAUGUUUUCUCAUGGCCCAGGUUCUAAAUAAUAGAAUUUACUGGGCUACACUAAAGAAUGCAAUAUGUUAGCUUUGCUUGCAUGUCAAAAUGUAUUUGUGCUAUAGGAAAUAUUUUAAAUGGAAAUAUUUUGUUUUUAAAUUAUUUUUACAGUGUGGAUUAUUUUCUGCUUUUAUAUUGUAUAUAGUGUCUUUUAUGUAACCAACUGGCAAAUGUUUUGUAGAAGACUGUUUUAAAAUGACCUGGCUCUCUUCCUGCAACUUUUGAAAUACAAAACCAGUGUUUUAUACUCGUACAGUCUGUUUCAAAGGCUAUUAAAUUGUCAUUUAUCUUUCAGUUGCUGUUAAAAA